AUGUGUAAUCUUUAGUAAGAGAAACAUUAAUUUUCUAUGUAUUUAAGUGGUGGAGGCAAGAGAAAAUUAUGUUUGGAUAUUACUUUGAUUGGAAAUUCUUAAGUUCUUCUUUUGAAUGAACCUACUACUAACAAAUAUAGAAGAUAUUGAAACGAAUCAAAUAAGAUCGAUGUAUUAUAUUAACUACUCAUCAUUUGAAAGAAAAUUAAGAACUUUAAGAUUAUGUUGGUAUCAUUUACCAGGGUAAAGUGACUAUUUUUGGAACAGUUGAUUAUAUAAAAAAACAAUUCUCAGUAGGAUAUAUAUACUAGUUGAAUGUAAAAAUGGAUUGCAUUAAAAACAGAUCUUAGAUUAGAAUUAAUCAAAUUUACAAUAAAUAUGUCAAAAUGAAAUCAAUUUUCUUUCUUAAAAUAGAAAUCUUAAGUUAAAUAUCCCUUUAAGUAAUAGUAGAAAUAUUGCUACUGCUUUGA